UAUUAUUUUGUACCUGAACGUUAUCUUCGGAGAACAUAAAUUUAUAUAUUUUUGCAGUCCGUGAAUAGAUUUGAAACGACUGGAACGCCGCCCUCCCCUCGUUCUGUUGGAAGUAUUUAUGUUGAGGAGUUCUGUCGGCACCCCAGUUUCAGAUAUAUGGCUAUUUACAAAGAUAUAUCGUCUUGAACACAGCCUGGCCCGACCGUGCACAGUAUACGUGCCGGAGAAAAAUACAGAGCAUCUCAGGAAAUGGCGUCAUUGGAGGACAAACCGAUGGUUUUGACGUCUCAUGUUGACGAGCUGAACGCCUACCCGCAGAUAUUCGUACCCGUGAUCAAAAAGUACUUCCGAAUUGUUUGGUGGGCAGAUUUUGAAAAUGACCAGGAGCGAUAUGCCAAUGAAAUACAAGGGAUAUUGGUGAACGGUGGGCUGCCUAAGAUAACAUCAGAACUCCUGGACACCUUACCUAAUCUGAAGAUAGUCAGCACACUGGGUGUGGGGACUGAUCAUCUGGACUUACAGUUGCUGAAGUCCAGAGGUAUAAAAGUGUCCAGUGUGCCUGAUGUGAGCAGUGACUGUGUGGCAGACUGGGGCAUGACACUUCUGGUUGCCGCUGCCAGGAAGCUACCCGAGGCCAUGAAGUCAGCUACUGACACAGCAACUCCAUUCAACUACAACAUCCUGGGCAAGAAGAUCACAGGUUCUACUCUGGGGAUUGUUGGGCUGGGAAGGAUAGGCUAUCGGAUUGCUGAGAGAGCACUUGGGUUCAAGAUGAGGGUCCUGUACAACGACAUCACAAGACGACCAGAGAAAGAGGCAGCCUUGAGUCUGGAGUACUACAGCUCUCUGGACAAACUUCUCCCAAACUCUGACUUCAUCAUCACAGUGGUCCCGCUCACUCCACAGACACACGGCAUGAUGGGAAGGGAACAAUUCAAACUCAUGAAGAAAUCUGCUAUCUUUAUCAACAUUGCACGUGCUCCAGUGGUACAACAGGAUGAGCUGGUGGAGGCUCUGCAGAGCAGGACUAUCCAAGCUGCAGUGUUGGAUGUGACGUCCCCUGAACCCCUCCCCCCUCAUCAUCCUCUCCUUCACAUGCCCAACGUCAUCAUCACCCCCCACAUGGGUGCCAACAGUCUGGAGUCCCGCAGGGGGGUGGUGGAGGCUGGGUGUGAGAGCUGCACUGCAGCCAUUCAGGGGAAAGCCAUCCCCAGGGAGGUGGUCCUGUAGUAGACGGGGUGGGGUGGGGGUGCUGGAGCAUACCCACUUCAUCAAUGUCAUGAGAAAUUCAUAUUGUUGUUUGAAGAAUUAGAACUUUGCAAUUGUGCUACUCUUGUGUGAAAGCUAACUCUUGAUUCUGAGUUUUUUAGUUUGAAUCGACUUUGAGACAUUGGAAAACAAAUGAUCCAAUCUUUUCUGUUAUGUGUGGGGUUUUGUGAUGUUAGGAGGAGAACUGUUAUCUUUUGGUCAGUGAAAGAGGAGAAACUUGUGCGGAAUUUAGUGGCCUUUUCAACAGCUAUUUCCUUCUGUGAUUGUACAAUGAAAAAUAAAAUAAAUAAAAAAUAAAAUGUGUUGUUUUAACAA